AUGUACUUUAUCCGUAACGAAGACGACGAAAAAUCAGAUGACGAGCAAAACUCAAAUCUCGAACGGUCUAUCGACGUCGACGAUGAUGAUAUAAAACUGAAGCCUAAUGACAUUUUUAACGGCAAAAACAACAGCGAAAAACGAGUGUACGGGCGAGCAAGAGCGAAUUUGUGCUAUAGUUCGUUUUACAUAUUUUGUGAAGAUUUUCGCAAGCAACUUGAUUACGUAUACGCCCACGAAAGUGAAUUUUAUCGCAAAAGCAUGUAA